AUGGCUACCACCGCCACCACCACAGCUGCGACAGCUGCCGACGAUAUCCUCGAGGGUCUUCCAAGCGAGGAGGAGCUCGCAGCCAAGUGCCUUCAGUUGGGACUUGCCAUGCGUCAGCCCCCCACUUACCACGUCACCCAUCCUGCCUUGUCCCUGCGUCCCCUCCCCAUGAAGGUGGAAGUGCUGCGCGAGCUGUACGGCCUCCAGCUCCUGUGGAAUGAAGCGAUUAACCGCACGGCGCGCAACUUUGAGUUCUUGCGUGACUCGAUGCGGUCGACAGCAGAGAGUGAUCGCGACUUCACAGGCCGGCUGCUCUCCAUCCUGGAGAGGGUGUACAUGACCACCCCUGACAGGGCCAAGGCUCCGGUAUACCAGCCGCUAAUGUUGGGCAUCUUCCGCUCCGACUACAUGAGCUCCGCUGACUCUGAGAGCAGCAGUCCCGUCUCCCCUGCUGAGGCCGCGGCCUCGGUGACGCUGUCUGGUGCGGCGGCAGCGGCGGUUGCGACAGAGACGGCGCGACAGUGGAAGAACAUCGAGUUCAACACCAUCAGCUGCUCCUUCGCCGGGCUCUCCCCGCUGGUCCAGCAGUUCCAUGCUUACCUCCAGAAGUUCCGCGAGGCUGACAUGAACGCCGGGGCUGCGGCGGACCUCGAGCACGUCGAGGCGUCCUCGCCCUCCACGUCAUCCGUCGUGGCCGCCUCGCCGCACCAACACGCGUCCGCGUACGUGCCGGACCAAAUGCAUAACUCGGCAGUGCAGGUGCCGGCGGCACUUGCCAAGGCGGUCGCUGCUUGGCGCAGUGCUGUCCCCUGCGCAGGCUUCCUUCGCCAGUAUCAGCACCGCACGGGUGUCAGGCUGAAGCCGAUUGUGCUCGUCGUUGUGCAAAAAAACGAGAUGAACACGGCUGAUCAGUACAAGCUGCUCCUGGAGCUUCUCGAGACUCACCGUGUGUUAAGUCUGAGGCGCACACUCGCUGAGCUGCAUGAAACGAUGCGACUUGAGCACGCUAACCUUGGUGAAAGCAGCUGCAAUCACAGCACGGAGACCAAGGAAGUCGUGAGCGAGCAGCUGCAGCCGCCCUUCUUGGUUGUGGAGGGGAAGUACGUCGUAGCGGUGACCUACUUCCGCAGCACCUACGUGCCGCAGGACCUGCCUACGGAUGCAGCAUGGCAGACGCGGGAGUGGAUCGAGGAGUCCAACGCGGUCAAGUGCCCGAGCAUACCGUACCACCUGAUGACCUUUAAGAAGAUGCAGCAGCUCAUGUCGAAUGUGUCGGAGGUGCUGGCGCCGGUGAGCUUCGCUGGUGACCAGCAGAAAGCCGCUGCCUUGGCGGAACAUUUUGUACCGCAGUACUCGCUGAAUAACGAUGAGUAUGGCCGGUCUGUCAAGAAUCAGCAGUGCAACGACAAGGAUAAGGUGAUCGACGACCCGGAGUACUGGAUCGCUGACGCGGUGGAGCACCUAGAGCGGUAUGUGCUGAAGCCGCAGCUUGAGGGCGGCGGCAACCUCAUCGCUGGCGAAGCCAUGCAGCGCUUGCUGCGUGAUACGAAGAGCGACGACCCACUCUACCAGAAGAUCCGGCGUGAGUACAUAUUGAUGCGCAAAAUUCACUGCCCGGUGAUGAAGGGAAUUUUUUUCCGGCAGAAUCAAAUCCACGUGGUGGAGAGCAAUGUGAGCUCGGAGCUUGGCAUCUACGGCGUCACCCUGUCAUCCGAUGCAAAUCAGUACAUCAUGAACGAAGCCGCUGGCAGCGUGGUGCGGGCGAAGCCGGCAGAUGUCGCCGACGGUGGCGUAAUGGCUGGCAUAGCUGCUUUGGACAGCGUCCAGCUGAUCGAUGAGGCGCCGCAUGAAGUUGCCUGGUCUGGUGCCAGCGCGGUCGCUGAUGAACGCUAUCCCUAG